AAUGCUGCGAAAUGUCCCAGUUCCAAAACAGUCCCCCAAAUUCUCUUUGAAGGUAAAGAUCAAGAAAGAGAAAGAUACAGAACAUGAUAGUAGAUCUAAAACAGUGAGUGCUGGAGAAAGUCCAGAUAUUGGUUCUGGACAGAUCCCUAUCAAAGUAGAAAGAUCAAACAGUUCUGAUGAGCCUACUGCAAAUUUAGGUUCCAAUGUCUCUGAUAGGGUUGUCAAUAAAACUACGAAUGGAACUUCGGAUGAGGAUCGUGAGAAGGCCAAGAACUUGGUGGUGUCUUCAGAUGCUGCAAAAGCUUUGUUCAAAGCUGCAGCAGAUAUUGGUUCCAAAGCAAAAGCCGAGAAAUCAAGUACCAUCAAAAUAGUCUUUGAUGUCGCUGGGAAACUGAAAGAAUGGCGAGUUGAAGCCAAGUCAGCUGAAGGUGCCUUGCCAGCUUCAAAUCUUGGUAAAAUACUGAUGUUUGCAAAUAUGAUGAAAAAUGGAGACAGUUCAUCAGAGCAAGAACCUAAAAGUGAGGAAGGGAAGAAAGAUAAGAUUGAAAAAGUGGUAAAAGAAGUCAUUAAACCAAAAGAGGAGAUGAUCACUGGCAAAUCACAGCCUUCACUUCCAAAAACAAGGACAGAGUCUGAGAUUGCUGAGCCUCCUGCGAAAAAGAUCCGAAUUUGUGAAGAUGGCACAUCUGGUAUUGUUGAUGCAGAUUUUGAAGGUUUCAAGUGUAAGAUUUGUGGCAAGGAGUAUCUCCAUAAGCCUGCUCUGACAAACCACCUGAAGCUCCAUCACCUGUCACUGAGUGGGCUUCCUGGGAGCAGUGCUGAUUAUUCUACACCUCAGGCUUCAGUUGUUAAAGUCAAACUCCCAGCUUCAGCCAUUGUUGCCUCAUCAACAAAAUCAAGUAAGUCUACAACACCUUCUACAUUAUCAACAAAAACACCAUCUUCAUCUACACCAUCGUCAGCAUCAUCACCAUCUACAUCAACAUUUUCUUCAGCAUCAACAUCCACUCCAUCAUCCACCAGAAUCUGGUCGUCCAAUGAGAAAAAGGUAAAAUAUGAUACCUCUUUGCCGCCAAGACCAGUUACAUUGGUGUCAUCUUCAACCAUAUCAAAGCUUGGCCCAGCAGUCCCUGCGUCUAAAACAGUUAACAUCAAGCAGUUUGUUGCAGUAAACAAGCCAGUCUUCACAGACAAACAAACAACUGCAUUGACAUUAGUUCCUGCUCAAGAGCAGAAUCAUUCAUCUGAAGCUUGUUCUGAAACAAUUGUGAAGAUUGAACAAUCAUCUGCCUCUAAGUCGUCAUCUACUCCCAGUUCAGAUGGACUCUACAAGUGUGACUUGUGCACUGAGGAGUUUUCCCGUGAAGCAGCUUUACAAGGUCACAUGAAGUCUCACCACAAAGAGAAACCUUUCAUGUGCGGAAUCUGUGACAACUCGUAUCUUAGGUAUUCUGAUUUGGAGUGUCACCUGCUCAACCACUCGAAUCCAAAUCCUAAGUCACAGGUGCUUUUCACUUGCAGCUUCUGUGUGGAAGAGUUUAAGAAUGACAAAGAUUUACAAGAACAUCUCAAGACACACGGUGACAUAGAGGCGGAGACAGUGUUCGAAUGCGGAAUGUGUGGAGAAGAACUGAAAAGUCAACUGGAACUACGACACCACAUGAAAAGACACAUGGGUGAGCCCUUUGAGCCAUGCAAGUGUGGCAUCUGUUUGUGUUCAUUUUCUGAAGUAGCUGACCUGAAGGCCCAUCUUGCAGAGAAACAUUUCACCAAUGCCCAGUUUGUGUGUGACUUCUGUAAAUGCCGUUUCCUGACAGCACAAGCGCUGAAGGCUCACAUGCCUGUCCAUGACAAACUGAAAGAUUCAAAGAUGAAGGUUGUUCCCAGAUGGAAGUGUAAGCAGUGUUCAAGAAGAUAUGAUUUCAAAGUAGAUUUGGUCAAUCACAUGAAAUUUGAUCACAAAGAUUUGGGCACAUUUGACUGUAGUUUCUGUGAGUCAGUAUUUAUGACAAAGAACGAUCUUCUAGCCCAUGUCAAAACCCACAGUGUUGUGGCACAUUUCUUGUAAAUAUACAGAAAUAUUAGUCAUGGUUGCUUUACAGAUGGCAGGGCAGUUAGGAUUCCUUUUUAAGAAUUGACUUGUAUAGUUUUUGUGUCUUUAUAUAAACACUGUAAAUGGGUAAUGUGUACUGAAUGAUAAGGAACUUCUGACAUUUACUAGGGCUGGUUAAAAUGAUUCCUAAUCAGAAAUGUUGUCGAUGGGUAAAAUUAUUAAUGAAACAUACAAUGCCAAUUUAGAUAACAUAUGUAAAAUUAUGAUUAUCAAUAUGAAAAGAGUUUUCGAUAAUAUCAUACAUUAACUUUGUGACAGAAACAGGUAUAAUUUUCUCACACAACAUACAAAUAUAAGACUUUAUUCAUGGUCUGCUUCAUUUCUUUUAGAAUUUUUGGGCUUUUUUGCUCUAAGUUAUGAUAUUUGUUGAUAAUCGAUCAAUAUUUAGUUAACGAUUAUCGAUCCCUAUGAAAGAAAUGAAUAUGUUUCACAUCAUUGGUGAGUGUUGACAUGUUUUUGCAUAGGUUAUUAACAAAACAGUACCCUGGGUAUACUUCAGAAGAAUAAAGUCCUCUAUUUGUUUAUUGUGUGAGAAAAUGAAAUCUUUUUCUGGUCAGAAUAGUUAUUGUACGAUACAGGGCCUAGAUUUUAGAACCUCUCUUAGCUCUAAGAUAGUCGUAAGUGCCAUACACUAAUAUUAACUUACGACUAUCUUAGCGCUGAGAGAGCUUCGAAAAUCUAGGCCCAGGGCUCCAGAUAAGGGCCGUAUCGGCGUAUGUACGGAUAUAAAAUAAGCAUGAUACGGUAGGAAAUAAAUCAGAAAACGUAGCAGAAACGCACCACAGCAAUGGUGUACGGUCCUAGAAUCAUUUACAGACGUAUUUAUCUGAAAAGGUAUUGUUUUAUUGUUUAUUGACCUGUUU